AUGAGUGCCAGGAAAGCUGUUGACACAAAAUUCUUCGACGAUGAAAAUACGGACUCUGGUUUCCUUUCGGGGCCUCUUAGUGAACAAAACUUGACGGAGGAAUACAAUCCAGACGAAGAAUCAAAAGAAAUACAUGACGGAGCAAACGAUACACUAGACCGAACUAGUGAUAAACAAGAAAUGAAUAAAGGCGACAGCUGGAAAGACAAUAAGAGUAGUAAAGGUUUGUUAAGUGAACAUGAAGAGUUUGAUAGUGGGGUUAUUUCUAUGGAACUGAAGUCAGGUGAAAUAGAUUGUCAAGAGACAACAUCUUCACACGUCCCUGUAGAGCCACUGAUAGUGAUUGAAGAAGUUAAAAGUGACAAUUCAAUUCAGGCUCAAAAAUAUGACCUACCUCCAAUCAACAUAUUGUUUGAACAAGAUGAGGAUGGUGAUACACAACUUCACAUUGCUGCAGUCCAUGGAUGUCAAAAAUCAGUUUCCACCCUCAUAAAGAUAUGUCCUGAGAAAAAAUUACUUAAUAUUGUUAAUCGUUAUGGCCACACAGCACUGCAUCUUGCUGUACUUGCUGGACAACCUUAUAUUACAAAAAUGCUUGUGGAUGCAGGAGCUUCAUUAAGUGUUAGAGACUAUAAUGGAGAGACACCGCUUCAUAUAGCUGUUAACAAAAAAUAUAAUAUGAGCUUGAAACAUCUUCUUGAAUAUUUUAAAAGAAGUCCUCGGGAAAAUCUUAAUGUAUUGGAUCAGAAGAAUUACAAUGGUCAGACGUGCCUUCAUCUCGCAGCAUCAAAUGGCAACAUAGACCAGAUAAGGACGUUGGCCUCCUAUGGAGCUAAUAUAAAUGCUAAGGAGGGAUUAGCCGGUCGCACUGCCCUUCACAUUGCAACACAGAGGCGAGACGAGGCCCUACUGCGGUACUUAUUGACUGAGACAGCGGCGGACCGGGGAGUCAGAGACUACGCGGGUCGCACAGCAAGACGCUUCGCUCGCAAUACUAGCCUGGAGCAGCUCUUUACUGAUGAUUAUUCUGAUGAUGACGAUUAUGAUAGUGAUUCAGAGAAUGAGAGCGAGGUGGAGAGGUUUGAAGAGAUGCAUCAAAUGAUGGCUGCUUGUACGACGACGUGCGCAUAA